AUGGCCUUCAGAACAAACGAGCGAGGUCCAAGCAGUAUCACUACAAAUGACGGCGAUGAUGAACACUCAUUCUAUAUUGAAAGACGCCGCUCCUUUUUCCGCCAGUAUGCUGUUGCAGUACUUUGCUUUCUGUUCACCCUUGGUGGUCUCGUGAUAACAACAGUAAACAUCACCUCAACCUCACGUUCAGGGUCGAACGUGUUUCAUUGGAAGCCAUCUGCAUCGUUAUUGCCAACAUCGCCAUCGUCCCCAUCCGCGCAUGGCUCAUCACCACAUGUUUACGACCCGUCGGCUCACGCCAUGACUGGGAUAAUGAAGUCUCCAUGUGGCAAUACCUCGGCGGAAGCCAAGACACGAGGCUGUCACUUUGACAUCAUCACAUUUUGCUGGCUACCGCAUCGCUGCUAUGAUGAAGAGUUAUCGAAUUCCUUUGAGCAACUCGUUGACUGGAAGUGGUAUCUCGAUCGGAACAAGACACAGCCUGUCCCCAAGACAGAAGCUCUUCAGGGGGAACUGGAUGGACUGUAUGUAAGCUGGGAGUACCAUGUACAGCACUGUGUGUAUAUGUGGCAGAAGAUGCACCGGGCUUUGUUGGGACAGGGAAAGGAAGCUAUCGACACUUAUAUCAGUCCAUACAGCCACACAGAGCACUGUGGGAAAAUGCUGCUGACUAGGGGAGAUGGCUAUGCAUUGAGCGAUAUCAACACGCGCAUCCGGGUGAAGUUCCCAGAUUGUGGGAUUGAGUAG